UGUGGCAUGAGACUGAGCCAGUCGUCCGGAGGAGCGCCAGCCAGCAGGUCUUGACUGUAGGUGUGGAUAUGAGAGGAAGUCAGAUGUGUUAAACCUGGUAGUCAGCCGGUGUACAGGCCGCUGCGCAGCAGCAUCCAUCUGAGCGGGAGUGCUCGACCGGCCGGGCGGCUGCUGUCUCUACCUAACUGGCUAGCUAACCUACCCAACCUAAACCCGCUAACUUCACCGGUUUAAAGGCGGUUUAAAAGGGACGAACCGUGUGGGGGGAAGCGGGGCCUCCGGCUACUACGACUCGGUUUUCAGCUGACCUGGAGAACUUAGCACCCCGGUUUAUUUUCCGGAGUAACAUCCUCCCGAGAUGGACAACCUGAGUGAAGCCCUGGAGAAGCUGAAGCUAGCGUCCACAGACAGCGCCACUGACAGCGUGGAGAGCUGUCUGGACUGCCUGCUCAAAGCUCUCGCCAACAACAACACCGAGGCCAGUGUGAAGAUCCAGGAGAUGGGCGUUCUUCCCUUGCUCCCCACUCUGCUAAACCCCCAGUCUUCCUGCACUCCUAAAGUAGCCAACGUCAUAGCUGAGGUGGCCAAAAAUGAGUUCAUGCGGAGUCCCUGCGUUGAAGCCGGCCUCAUCCCUCCUCUAAUUCAGCUGUUGAACUCCACCGACCAGGAGGUUUUACUGCAGACUGGCCGAGCUCUUGGCAACAUCUGUUAUGACAGCCAUGAGGGCAGGAGUGCAGUUGACCUGGCAGGAGGGGCUCAGAUAGUAGCUGAACACAUUAAAUCCCUCUACCAAAAUACUGAGCCGGAAAAUGAGAAGCUCUUGACUGUCUUUUGUGGCAUGCUGAUGAACUAUAGCAAUGAUAAUGAUUCCUUACAAGCCCAGCUGAUCAAUAUGGGUGUGAUUCCCACUCUGGUGAAGCUGCUAGGCAUCCAUUCCCACAACACAGCCCUGACAGAGAUGUGUCUAAUUGCCUUUGGGAAUUUGGCUGAGCUUGAGUCCAGCAAAGAGCAGUUUGCCUCCACCAAUAUUGCCGAGGAGCUGGUUCGUCUUUUCCAGAAGCAGACAGAGCACGAGAAGAAGGAAAUGAUUUUCGAGGUCUUGGCUCCGCUCGCAGAAAAUGACGUGAUAAAGCUGCAGCUGGUGGAGGCGGGCUUGGUGGAGUGUCUGCUGGAGGUGGUGGCUCAGACCGUGGACGGAGAGAGGGAGGAGGACAUUGCCCAGCUCAAGACUGCCUCCGACCUCAUGGUCCUCCUGCUCCUGGGAGAUGAGUCCAUGCAGAAGCUGUUUGAGGGAGGGAAGGGCAGUGUCUUCCAGCGGGUCCUGUCCUGGAUACCAUCUCACAACCAUCAGCUGCAGCUGGCUGGUGCACUGGCCAUUGCCAAUUUUGCUCGCAAUGAUGGGAACUGCAUCCACAUGGUGGACACUGGUAUCGUGCAGAAGCUCCUGGAACUGUUGGACCGGCACGUCGAGGAAGGCAACGUCACCGUUCAGCACGCAGCUCUCAGCGCCCUGAGGAACCUGGCCAUACCCGUGGUAAACAAAUCCAAGAUGCUGUCGGCGGGCGUAGCAGACGUGGUGUUGAAGUUUUUGCAGUCAGAGAUGCCUCCAGUCCAGUUUAAACUUUUGGGAACAUUACGCAUGCUCAUCGAUACACAAGCUGAAGCCGCAGACCAGUUGGGGACCAACGGGAAGCUGGUGGAGAGACUAGUGGAGUGGUGUGAAGCCAAAGAUCACGCGGGAGUGAUGGGCGAGUCCAACAGGCUCCUGUCAGCCCUCAUUCGACACAGCAAGUCCAAGGAAGUCGUCAGAACUGUCAUCCAGGGAGGAGGAGUCAAGCAUUUAGUUACCAUGGCAACCAGUGAGCACAUGAUCAUGCAGAACGAAGCACUGGUGGCUUUGGGUCUCAUAGCGGCACUGGAUUUGGUUGCAGCUGAGAAGGACUUUGUGGGAGCCAGCCUGGUGUCGGUGCUCCACAAGCUGCUGUCAGAUGAGAGGAGCGCUCCAGAGAUCAAGUACAACUCCAUGAUCCUCAUCUGCGCCGUCAUGGGAUCAGAGCCUCUUCACAAAGAAGUCCAGAGCCUGGCGUUCAUCGACGUGGUGUCCAAGCUGAGGGCUCAUGAAAACAAGACGGUAUCGCACCAGGCAUCGCUCACAGAGCAGCGACUAACUGCCCAGAGCUAAAUGACUGUAUCCAAGCCUCCUUCACCACACACACACACACACACACACACACACGCACACAAACACACACACACACACCUACUUCAAUGCCUGCCUGACCACCUAAUCACCCAGUGACACCUCAUGACUGCUCUCCCCCGUGCCCCAUCGUCAUGUGCCAAGGUACCACGUCGCGUGAACUGCCAGCCCAGACAUACCCUCGAACCCUCUGCCCUGCCCGCCUCCACUAGGGUUAGACUGAUGUGGGUUUUUAGAGCGUCAGUACUGUUAUGCGUCUGUUCCGAAAAGAAAUCUGAGCUUUUUCUUUUUUUGAAGGACAAGAAUUCACCUAGAAUGACUACCAUGGGACACGAAACCCUCUCCUCUGAAAGCCAUAAUAAUGGGAUUUAUUUAGGUGGGUUAGCCGGUCCUGAAGGCAGGCUGAGGCAGGCUUCAUUUCAGGCUUUUACAGACUCACAACCCCUUAAAUGCUCAAAAGACUUACACCUCUAUAGGUCGACACCACUACCUUUUUUUUUUUUUUUGAUACAUCAGUCUAGCCCUAGUCCCCCCCCCCCCCCCACCCUCUACUUGUGCAUGCAUCUUCUGCUCCACAGGAGCUGAGGCGCCAUAAACGGCCUAACGCAAUAGAUCAAGAGACGACACUCUUCUAUGACCAUAGCUGUGAUCCCAUCCGCCGGUAACACCCACCAGUGAAAAUGUGCACAAAAGAAAAAAAGAAAAAAACUAAAAAAAAAAACUAAACACACACACAAAAAAAAAAACCUUCCUGUCGUGAUUUUUUUUUUUCAUUUUUAAGAAAAAGAGCAGCCAUUCAUGAUGUGCCCAGUUGUGUCCCACGUAGCUCGAGUAUAAAUUGACUAGAAACUGUGCAUGUUUUAGUCCUGUUGAAGGUGUGCCAGUGUUCAUUUUACCUCUCUACCGCUCGCAAAAUACCGCCUGCCCUCCUCUAAUGACGCCUCCGAGUCUGUUUUUUUCGCACUUGUUCUUGAAAACUUUCAAACCUAGAGAUUUUAUUCAGAUUUUUAAUCCCGCAGUCGUCCCGAACGCAACCCCCCCUCGAGGUCCGACAGCCGUAGUUAAGGUGAAGUUUAGUUAUUUUAAAAAAGUAUUUUCACAAGAGCAUGAAAACGAGGGCGUGAACCAUGAAGAGCAGCUAAGAACAAGAGGAGGAGGUGAAGAGAAGUCCCACUUGUUUCGUACGAACCUUUGUUUCGUACGAACCGUACCUACAUGUGUGCGUACCAUGUGGGUUAGGCAGCGUGGAGCAAAAUCAGUGCGGCAUCUUUUGAGAACAGGUAACUGAAUGCAAACACAGAUCCUUCCUCUACCCACCAACCACCACCUCCACAGCAGCAGCAGCAGCACCUCUCCCUCCAGAGGACGGGUCUCUCUAAUGCGUGACAGGUCGGUUCUUCCAGUUGAAAGGGACUUCUGCUGACACGCGUGUCUCAGCAUGUCCCAACACUGCACCGACACCGAUGUUGUUAACAUGCCAACGGUGUGUUUCCCGGUCCGGGCCCACACUGUUUUUGUUUUUGUUUUUUAAAAAGGUAUGAAUGGUUAUUUAUCAGAUUUGUGCUCUUCUAAAGACACAUGCCAGUGGAGAUGUAUCCAUAGUAACUGCGUAAAAUACUAUAAACUUAAAUGUUUGUUGUAAAUGUCAUGAGUUGUACAUUUGGAGGAUUGUAACUCAGCAGAUAAUUAAAAGAUGAUAGCUGG